AUGUUCUGUUCGUGGAGAACGGUUACACAUUUUUUUGAACUUCGGUUUCUACAAAUUAAAAGCAUUAGAAUUAACAAACCAGAAAGAAGGAACUCUUUCAAGCCACAAACAGUGAAAGAGCUUACGAAGGCAUUCAACGCUGCCAGGGAUGACAUCGAGAUCGGAGUGAUCAUCUUCAAUGGAACGCUAUUGAUCCUCUGCAAAAAUGGCCAUGCCGACUACGACAAUUUUGGUCGACUCGACGUUUUGGACUUGCAGGUUCAAAUUCGCCGACUUCCAAAACCCGUCAUUGCAACGUAUAUGACGAGAUACACAAUAGAUCAAUGUGAGGAUUAUUGUCACUUGCGGAGACAGUGUGGGGGCAUGUGCCCCCACUAG